CAGCGCGCGAGACCCCGCGCGUACUCGCACGCGGGCGGGGCGGGCAGGAGCCCCCCGGGGUUCGCGGGCCCCGCUGCGGGUCGGACGGGCCGGCCCCGCCCCGGGACUGCUGGGCUGUGGGGGAGGGCCCGGCUGCUCCCCGAAACUGCCUGGCCCAGGGCUCGGCCGCGCCCCAAGCCGGGGUGUGUCCCCGCGGCCCGGCCCCAGGGGUGGGGGGCUUUGCCCCCGCGCGCCCCCUGCGAGAUGCACCCCGAGGCUCCGCCGAGAGCGUGGGCUGCGAAGGCCGACCCUGGGCUGGGGGAGGGGCGGGCGGGGGGACCCCCCAGCCGGUCGCCCUUGCGGCGCUCUGGGUCGCGCGGCCGGGGAGAAGCCCCAAGGAGUCGUGAUGUCGUCUCGGUGACGAGGGCUAGAAGCCGCCUGUCCCCCCCCGCCCCGUGCAGGUCCCUCCGCCGGAGGAAGGGGCGCCCCGCCUGGGGUCCCUGGCGGUGCGGAGACGGAGGCUUCACUACAGACGCGGCCGACGCUUCCUGCCUCUCCAGCCGCAGGCCUGAACGUCCCCGGGCGCGGGCUCCAGUCGGGGUUUCGGGCCACCCUCUUCCACUGCGGAGGGCCUUUGUUUUGUUCUAAGCUUCCCUGGGCGUUAUGAGGAAACUGAGGCAGGGAAGUGAAGUUUUGUCUGCCCGGACCGUGGACUCUCCGCUGGAGUUGGUGGGCGCCCUCCUCUCUGCAUUUCCCAUGCCAGAGAGAGCCAGGGCGGCAGUAGGUUUGAGGACCCCCUACCCACAGGCCGCCCCACUGCUCCCCGGCCCUGGGUGGCCAACAGGCCGCCCCGUCCCUGCUGCCCAGGAUUGUGUGUCCUCCCCGGUGCAGGGUGGGCCCUUUUCCCCAGGAGUCUGAGCUGAAAGACAGGUCAGCCAAGGCAGGGUCCUCGCUGCAUCUGCUGGCGCCAGUGUUUCGGUUACGCCCAGAGAGGAACGAAGACUAUGAUUUCUUUGGGAUGAUUUGUAAGCUUUUGGAAGUGCUCAGAAUUAGACGUUAGAGGGGGCGUGGGGAAAGGCACCACGAAGAGGGGUGGUGGUUGGGCCAGGCCCAGUGAGGCAAGGGACUCACUUAAGGGGGUCUCAGCUUGACCCAGGCAGGUGUCUGAUGGCGGGGCUGGCCUCCCCUAGAACCCUGUGGGGUGAGCCGGUGGCCCUGCCUAUGGAGGGGGACGCUGGGCCCAGAAGGCAAAGCCACUGCCCAGCUCACCUGAGGACCGCAGUCUGUGGCCACCCAUGUCCCCAGGCCUAGUUGGGUCUCCAACUCCCCAGACUUUUCCUGGGCGCCGGGCAAGGCUGCUGUCUGUCGGGUGUGUGCCGCACUAUGGGAGAAGCCCGUGCUGGGCCUCCGUAAAACCCACCGACGCUGGGGGCCACUCCUGCGGUGGGCACCAUCAUGGCCUGCUCAGCCACCAGGUGGGGGUGUCUGUGAUGCGAGUGUGAUGCGAGGAUGACUCCCACUUGGGGGCCCCAAAAUGUCACACAGGACAUAGGGAAGAUGGGAAGUCCUAAGGGCUCCACGUCCUGUGUCCGCCAGCUCCGCGACUCCACUCAGGCGGCGGGGGUGGGGGGGCGCACCUGCCCGGCCUCCAGUCCAGACGCCCGGCCCUCCUUUGUCUGGUGGCUUGGAGGGGCGGCCACUUCUGGGGACAGAUGGGGAGGGAGCAGACACCCGCUGACCUUCGUCCCCGCCCCCCUUCCUCCCUGCGCACCUUGCAGUCCGCGGGGGGCCGGGUGUUCGGCCCCGGGGUCGCGGAGGCUAGUGGGGCGGGGCCCGGGAGCCCCGAACUCCCCCCGCGAGCCUCCGCGCCGCGCUGCGGGGGAGGGGCGGGCGCUACUUCCUCUUCCGCGGUGUGUCACCGGCGGGGGGGGGACGGCAAGGUGCGGCCGCAGGUGUGCGGCGGGGGGCGGCGGCGCGCGCGGCGCGGUGCGGCCAUAUUUGGCGAUUUGGGCGCCGCGGGAGCCCCGCCCGCCGCCCGGGAAGCCGCGGCCCGGGCAGCCCCGUCCCCGCCCGCCGCCGGCCCUGAGUCACCGGCCGGGCGGGGGUGGAAGUAACGGACGGGGGGCGCCGGGCGCGCUCCUCGCCUUAUUUAGUCAAGGAGGCCGCCGAUUGGCCGGCGGGACAAAGGGGCGGUGGCGGGCGGCAGGGGCGGGAGCGGAGGGGGCGUCGCCGUCCCCCGCCCCCACCCCCGGCUCCCCACGACCCCGCUGCUCGGCGGCAGGCCCGGCCGCGACAGUGGGGGUGGGGCUGCGUGUGGCCCCCCGCCCCCACCGCGGUCCGGUGGCCGCCGGGGGCGGGUGUGAUGCGGGGCUCGAUGCCCGCCCGGGGAGCAGGGGAGUGACCGCCCUUCUGGGAAGCAGCACCGGAAGCCUGGGACGCGUGGACGCGGUGGGGCCCGGCUCCAGGCCGCCAAGAGUAAUGAUGUCGCCAAUGGGGCGUGCCCCCGCCAUAGCCGCCUCCCCCAGAGGUCACCACUCUCCUUUGGGCAGAGUUCUUAUUCUCCUGUGAGUGGCACCCACAGUCUGCAACCGGGAAGCAAGGAUGAAACCAGGCAACAGCCCGCCUGCCCCGUUGUCUGUCCCGCCGGCUGUCUGCUGCCCCGCAGUGAACGUUGCCCGUCAGGUCCCUCUGCUCUGGGUGCGGGAGGCUGGACCACACCCCUCACCCCCAUCGCUCGCUCACUGCUCUCCAGCUCCAAAGGAGCGCCAGGCCCUUCCUCCGCCAGGAAAGCUCCUCCAGUUGGUUGCCUCUUCCCUGCAGGCCUCCAGGCGCUGCGCUGGCCUCAGGUCCCUUCCCCCCUCCUCCUACUCACUGUCCUCACCCUCUGCUCCAGAGUGUGGGCUCCCAGGCCACAGGGGGGAAGCCGGUGUCCCCUCUGCAGAGAGCAUGAAAGGAGGGAGGCAGAAGGAAUGGAGAGGGAGGGGCUCGCAGCCCUGGUGGGAUCUUCCCUGAGGGGCUGGCCCGCUGGCCCCUACCCUGACCCCAGUGUGCAGAAAGGGGGCCGUGUCUCUUGGGCUGAGAAGGAAGGGAGCCGCGAGGUCUGGCCGCCCCCUGGGGCGCUGUCCUCGCAUCCCCCUCCCCCCGCGCUGGUGGCUCUGGGGGGGGGGGGGCAGGGGACAGUGCUGAGGUGCCGGGGCAGGGCACAGAGAAGGUUCAGGCUAAACCUGUACCUCGCGCUCUGGCCCCGAUUUGCGGAGCGCGCCCUGCCGGCCGAGCUCUCCCGACGUAGACGAGGUCGGGGCCCCGCGGCCGGUGUCCCCACCCCCAGGUCGCCUGGCGCCACUCCGAGGACUAGGAGGCGGACCAGGGCGGGAACACCGGCGGGAGGACGCUGCUCUGGGCGCUCCGUCGUCCCCGCCGCUGUCCCAGGGGCUGGCGGAGUGGGAGGAUAUAGGGCCAGGCUGGGGUCGCGCCGGGGCUCCGUACCUGCCUCCCGGCCCUUGGCAGCGGCCUCCUUCUCCCGCCACCGCUUCCCGGGAAAGGCUUGCGGCGUGCGGGGGGCGGGCCCGGCGAGGGGCGGGGCGUGGUGGACUAGGCCCCGCCCACCCCCGGGCGGGGUGCGUGGCCCGGGGGGGGCGGUGGCGGGGCGCCUGGGAGCCUGGUGGGCGGGCCCGGGGCGCUCGCUCGCUCGCUGACCGCGCCCGCGGCCACUGGUCCCCGCUUGGUCAGGGGGUGGUGCCCGGGCCGCCCAGUACUCGCGCCCCCCUCCGCCUCCGGGCGCCGCGUCCCGGCUCUCGCUUUCCCCGCGCCCUCGGAGGUCAGCGCCAGUGACCCCGGACGGGAAACCGGCGAGCUUGGGGGCCCAAGCCAGGAGCCGGGGCCGCGGUCGGCGGCCCGCCGGGUGCUGUCCCCGGGUGCGCCGCCAGGUGGGUCCCGCCAGCGGGGCUGGGCCAGGAGUCCGCGCGGCACCUGUCUGCGCCGGGAGCGGCCCGCACAGCCGCGGACCGGGCCGGGGAGGCGCCUGGCACUGCUGGCCAGCCCCCGAGUCACUGUCGCCAGAGAGCGAUGGGAGUGGCCGGUGACCUCAGCCGGUGCUGACGCAGGGAGAGAAGGUGGGAUCCGGGUCGGCGGGCACUGGCGCACCGGGGCACCGGGGCACCAGGGAGAGGGGAGGGCCAAGGCCCUGACUCAGCCAGAGGGGGUCGGCCCACCUUGAUGUCCAGCGGCAGACAGCACCCGCGGAGGGACCCCUGAGCCUGGGCAGACCUGGACCUGCGGUUUAUCUGUUGGACACACAGUGCUGGUGCCCAGGGGACAGGGCAGUGGGCGUCCCAGCUGCCAUGCCCUGUCUCCUUCCUGGGCACACUCAGUUAUUUCCAUAGCUAGAUCCCCCCCACCAGGCAAAUGGCCACUGAUCACCAAUUCAGAGAGAAGGAAGGGGCUCCAGGUCACACCGAAGGAAAGGGGGAGCCAGGAUUGGAGCCUGGGACUCUAAAACCAGCUGGUUGCUCACCCGGCGAGCUAGGGGAGGCCGGUGGGGUGGGGGACACAGGGGGUGACUUAUCCCCCUUCUCCAGGGGAAGUCCAGGGCUGUGAGUUGCAGGGCUAGCCCCAGGAAGCGGGGAGGGGAGCCAGACUACCAUAGCCACAGAAUGUCCUGGGGCGGGAGGGCAGAGGUGGGGAAGGCGGGGAGGGGGUCCCCAGAUGGCCAGGCUGGGCUCACGUCCUUCCAGAGGACGACAGACGAUGCUCUUGGGUGUCGCUGUGGUACCUCUGCCUCCCUGGGUGACAGGUGGGUUGGCCCCAGCACGUGUGUCCACAGGGGCCUGUGAGAGUGAGUCUUUGCUGGGAGUCCCCCUGCCCCCCGGAGCAGCCCUUACCCACCGGUAAGCAUCCAGAGCGAACGUGCCGCGCAGCUGUGCUGAGCACCUUCCCCAGCCCUUCCCGCAGACCCCCCCUGAUGCUGGGAGGGACUGAGUUUGGUGGGCGGCCCAGCUGGAGAGGGGCAGGCAGGGAGCUAUAAGUAUGGUUUUGGGUGUGCGUACCUGCACACCUGAAUUCUACCCUACCUGGGAGGGUGGUUUGGGGAGGGAGGGACUUCCAUGCGGAAAAUGUGCCCUUGGAGGCGCCUGGGUGGCUCAAUCAUGAAGUGUCUGCCCAGGAUCCUGGGAUCUAGUCCCGCAUCAGGCUCCCUGCUUGGCGGGAGCCUGCUUCUCCCUCUCCCUCUGCUGCUCCCCCUGCUUGUGCUUCCUGUCUCGCUGUCUCUCUCUCUGUGUCAAAUAAAUAACUAAAUAAGAAAACGUCCCCUUGGAUGUUGAAGGCCUGAUUGCCUGUCUCUUGCUUAGCUCUUUCGGGGAAGUGGGUGUCGUUUGAGUUCUGGUCCAAUAUCCGGGUUGUUUCGUGUUUCUCCGUGAGGUUUUAGGCUUUUCUCUUCAUUUCCACUGCCGUGAUAUCUUGAUGCUUCUGGCUGUGCUCUUGUUGGAGUCCCCUUCUUGUCCCGAUGAUGUCCAGCCCUGGCGCACAGCUGCUUUCUCGGGAAAUUUCUUACAUUCUUUCUUUCACAGUUUCUUCCCUUUUUUUUUUUUUUUUUCAGGUUUUUUUUUUUCCUUUGGGACCUCUGAUAACGGGGUGCCGUAUCUCUCCCACAAGGCCUUUAAUACUGUUACUGUUUCUUUGACCUGUUUUCCCCCCAGCUUUUUGGGAUAUUUCUUUGACUUCUUCUGACCUUGCAACGGAAUUUUUUUAUCCCAGUUACUAUAGUUUCUAAUUCUUUUGUUUUGAGAUAAUUCCAAACUUACUAACUUUCUAACGUUUACCACAAUUGCCUUAUUGUUCUUUUUAUCUGUCUUUUCACUU